AUGAGGUGCCCGAGCCAUCUUGAGAUCCAUAGGCGGGAGCACACGGGAGAACGCCCCUUCAACUUCUCGGAGUGCGGAAAGAGCUUCAAGACGGCGGAUGUGCUGAAGAUCCACCAGCGGGUGCACACGGGCAAGAAGCGCUAUGGCUGCUCCACCUGCGGCAAGAACUUUGCCCAGUUGUCGGGGCUGCAGGAUCACCGGCGGGUGCACAGCAGUGAGGGGCCCUUCACCUGCUCCGACUGCGGCAAAUGCUUCAAGUCGUCGCCGGACCUGAAGAGGCAUGGGCUCCUGCACGCCAGGGAGCGCCUCUACACCUGUACCCAGUGUGGCAAGGGUUUCACCCGCUCCGGCACGCUGCUGUCCCACCAGCGCACCCACACUGGCGAGCGCCCCUUCACCUGCUCCCAGUGCGGCAAGGGCUUCACCCGGUCCAGUCACCUGCUGUCCCACCAGCGCACACACACUAGCGAGCCUCCCUACACCUGUACCCAGAGCGGCAAGGGCUUCACUCACUCCUCCAAGCCGCUGGACCACCAGCGCACCCACACCGGCGAGCGCCCCUACACCUGCGCCCAGUGCGGCAAGGGCUUCACCCAGUCCAGCAUCUUGCGGUCCCACCAGCGAAUCCACACCGGCGAGCGCCCCUACACCUGCGCCCACUGUGGCAAGGGCUUCACCCGCCCCGGCACGCUGCUGGCCCACCAGCGCACCCACACUGGCGAGUGCCCCUACACCUGCGCCCAGUGCAGCAAGGGCUUCACCCAGCCCAGCAACCUGCGGUCCCACCAGCGAACCCACACCGGCGAGCGGGCCCUUACCUGCACCCAGUGCGGCAACUGCUUCACCCGGUCCAGGCACCUGCUCGAUCACCAGCGCACCCACACCGGUGAGCGCCCCUACACCUGCGCCCACUGUGGCAAGGGCUUCACCCGCUCCAGCACCCUGCUGGUGCACCAGCGCACCCACAGUGGCGAGCGCCCCUACACCUGCGCCCAGUGCAGCAAGGGCUUCUCCUGCUCCUCCAAACUGCUGUUGCACCAGCGCACCCACACCGGCGAGCGCCCCUACACCUGCGCCCAGUGCGGCAAGGGCUUCACCCAGUCCAGCAUCCUGCUGAAGCACCAGCGCACCCACACCGGCGAGCGACCCUUUACCUGCACCCAGUGCGGCAACUGCUUCACCAGGCACAGGCACCUGCUGGAUCACCAGCGCACCCACACCGGUGAGCGCCCCUACACCUGCGCCCACUGUGGCAAGGGCUUCGCCCGCUCCAGCACCCUGCUGUUGCACCAGCGCACCCACACCGGCGAGCGCCCCUACACCUGCGCACAGUGCGGCAAGGGCUUCACCAGCUCCAGCAACCUGCUGAAGCACCAGCGCACCCACACCGGUGAGCGGCCCUUUACCUGCACCCAGUGCGGCAACUGCUUCACCCGCUCCAGCACCCUGCUGAAGCACCAGCGCACCCAUACCGGUGAGCGCCCCUACACCUGCGCACAGUGCGGCAAGGGCUUCACCAGCUCCAGCAACCUGCUGUCCCACCAGCGGGUGCACAACGGCGCCCAUCCCGUCCCCAGCCCGGUGUGUGGAGAGCUCUUUGCCAUGGCCUCCCACGCCCUAUCUCACCAGCGUGUGCACACCAGUGAGAGACCCUUUGUGUGCGCUGAGUGUGGCAAGGGUUUCACCCGGCUUGACCCCCUGCUGGAGCACCGACGAGUCCACACUGGCCAGCAUCCCUUCACCUGCCCGCUCUGCGGCAAGGCCUUUGGCCGCUCCUCCAGCCUGCCACGUGGAUAGAUAGGCGCUGUUUAG